CUUUAAUACCAAUAAAAGAACUAGCCUUCUCGACUUGGCACUUCUUUAGUCCCGUGAGACCCCCCUCCAGUCUAAUCGUCCAGUCCUUGGGGAGUUAUUACCAUUGUGCUAAAAUGAUGAGAAGUAUUCUAAAAAAAAAUUGAUGAGAAGUAACUAAAGUGAAUUUAUUACAUAUACAUAUCUAUUUGCUUAUGAAACUUGUAUUGACUUUAUCGGUGGCAACUGCAAGUGUUGAAACAACUAUUUACUUUUCGGUUACACCGGUUCGGACUCGUAUAAACGAUUAGCUCACUAGUCAUUGUUUGAUGAGAUAUAUUGAAAAAAAAAUUCUUCAACACUAUAAACACUGAAUGCACAAUUUUUUGUAAAACAUUUAAACACGUCAUGAUAAUUGGUUAUAACUCGUAGUCUCGUACUAGUUAUAUAUUUUAUAAUUUAAGAAAAUCAUGUCAUUCAAACAUAGCAACAGUCCCUGUCAACGGAUGUAAUGCGAAAAGUAUUUCAAGCUUUCUUGCUUCCUCUUGGCUGCGACGAAGAAAUUGCCGACGAAGCCACAGAUUGCAGCAGUUCGUUCUUGCUGCCUUGUGGCGGUUGUUUGCAAUGAAAUCCGUGAUCCAUAAUUUUCCAUACAUAUUACCUCCAUUCUGGCAAUUGGGUUUUGGUUUUGAGAAACAAACAGCCGAAGGAAGGAAUGGCCUAAUUCGAUUGACAAGUCGAAGUCAAAACAAACAGCCGCCAUAGACAAAAGUGGAGCAAGUGGUCGCGUCGGACAAAAGAAGAACAGAACAGAGUGAAAGACUGAGGAAUCUUCGUCGUCAUGGGGGUAAAUAACGACUUGGGGGAGUCCGGGGUCGUCUUUCUCCAAUCUAUAUAUCCUUUCAUUAAAGCCCUUUACAGCCACUCACCAAACCUCUGUUUUCUCUGAGGAUUCCGCAGGGGAAUGGAACCAAUCGCUUCUUCUUCUUCUUCUACCCUGCCGUCUCUUCUUCCGGCACGAGAGUACGAGGUUUUCCUGAGCUUCAGGGGAUUGGACGUUCGCAAUAAUUUCUCCGACCAUCUCUACGCCUCUCUGUCGCGUUCUAAAAUCCGCGCGUUCAGGGACGAGGAAGAACUCCCCAAAGGGGAAGAGAUCUCCCCUUCCCUCAUCAGGGCGAUCGGCGAAUCGAAGAUUUACAUCCCGAUCUUCUCGGAAAACUACGCUUCCAGCAAAUGGUGCCUUCAAGAGUUGGCACAAAUGGUGGAAUGCUGCAAGCGAGAGAAGGGACACCUCUUUCUCCCCAUCUUCUACCUCGUGGACCCUCGAGACGUGCGACAUCAACAGGGUCCUUACGAGCAGGCGUUCGAGCAACACGCUCAGAAGCAUAGCCAGCAGACCGUGCAGGGAUGGAAGGAAGCUCUCCAAGUGGUCGGCAAAAUGAAAGGAUGGCACGUCACGGAAUCGAACGGACAGGGGUUUGUGAUAAACGAGGUCCUCUCCAAAAUCGAGUUACAUUUCAGAAGGAUUUAUACGUUAGUGACGGACGAGUUAGUGGGAAUUCAUACUCAUGUGGAAGAAGUGGUGAAGCUGUUGAACUUAGGGUCAAACAACCCAAAAGUCGUUGGCAUUCAUGGAAUGGGUGGUAUAGGUAAAACCACGCUAUCCAAGGCGGUUUAUAACAAGAUUUCUGCAGAGUUUGAUCGAUGUUGUUUUUUAGAAGGGGUAAAGGAAACAUUGACAAGAAAUGACGGAGUUAUAUCUUUGCAGAAUAAGAUUAUCUCCGGUAUUUUGAGGCAGGAUUAUCAAGUUGAAAAUAUGAGUGAGGGUAUCAAUGUGAUAAAGGAGAGAGUUUGUAAGCACAAACUUAUUCUUGUUCUUGAUGACGUAGAUGAUAAGUUUGAAUUUGAUAAAGUUUUAGGAAAAUUAAGAGAUUUUUCCUUAGAAAGUAGAUUUAUUUUCACAACAAGAAACAAGAGGGUUUUGGACUUUUUUAUUGGAUGUAAAAUCUAUGAGGUCCGAGAAAUGAGUCCUCAAUAUUCUCUUAAACUUUUUAGCAAACAUGCUUUUAGGACAGAUCAUCCUCCGGAGGACGACUCAGUGAUAACUCAGGAAUUUGUAAAAGUAGCUGCUGGGCUUCCUUUAGCUCUGAAGGUUAUGGGAUCACUUUUAUUUCAUAGAGAGAGAAGGUUGUGGGAAGAAAAGCUGAAAGAGUUCAAAGGCAUACUCUCUCCUGAAAGUGAAGUGUCGAAGAUAAUGAAGAUAAGUUACGACGAGUUGACUCCCACCGAGAAACAGAUCUUUCUCGACAUCGCUUGUCUUUUUAUCGGAUCAAAGAAAGAGGUGCUCUACAACAUGUGGAAUGCCUGCAGCUUUCAUCCAGAGAGUGGAAUUAACACUCUCGUCGAUAGAUCCUUGAUGAAACUCGAUGAAGACAAUCGGUUUUGGAUGCAUGAUCAUAUCAGAGAUCUUGGGAGAGCUAUCGUGCAAGAGGAAGACAUUCGACAUCCACACAGACGCAGCAGAAUAUGGUGCGAGGAAGAUGCGAUGAUGGACUUGUUGAGAAACAACGAGGCAAACAAUUGGGUAGAGGUUCUUAUGGUGGAUAUGCGGCGGUGGAAAAAUGAAGUUCUGACAGAGAACGAGUUCAAGAAACUGCACUGGUUGAGAUAUCUGGAAGUGCGCAAUGGAAGCUUGACGGGCGAUUUCAGCAAGAUUCUUCCAAAUCUUUGCAUGCUCCGACUGUACGAUUGCGACUUGAUUCCCGCCAAUCUCAACAUGAAGAAACUGGUCGUUCUCGAUCUCGAGAGUUGCGGGGUGGAAGACAACUGGAGAGGAUGGAAGGAAAUGCAGUUGGCACAAAAGCUAGCAGUCAUAUAUCUUCGACAUUGCCGGAAGUUGACAAGAGCACCCGACCUGUCGCAAUGUGUUAGCCUGGAGUCGAUCAACAUCGAUGGAUGUUCCGCGAUGAAAGGAGCUCUGCACAUCGGCAAUUUCAAGAACCUGAAAACCCUGAAGCUCGUCGGGACCCAAAUCACCGAGCUGACAGGUGACUUCCGAAUGCUUCAGCAACUGGAGGAGAUCGACGCUCGUCGUACGGAUCUGAGAGAGCUACCCGCCCGAAUCGACCGUUUGUCCUCUCUCAAAACUCUGAACCUCGCGUCAGAGGACGAGGUUACGCCUCGCAGUAUGAAAGUGGGUAGACUUCCCACAAGUUUGAAGAGGUUAUCCAUCUCGUCUCGCGGCCAGAUUCCGAACCUUCUAGAGCUCAAGGAGUUGGAGUCCUUGAGUUUUUUCCGUUGUCAUCAUCUUCGGAUUCCUGAAGACAUUGGGGAGCUGGUCAAUUUGAAGGAAUUGAUUGUAUGGAGAUCUCCAUUGGAUGCUCUGUUUCCGCUGAAAGCCCUGCCAUCGUCUUUAACCACUUUAGCUGUUGUGGAUUGCGGCAAAUUGUGGAGACUUCCCAGUCUGGCAAAUCUGAACAAAUUGACGGCUCUCAAUCUCAAACAGUUGGGGGCAUGGGAGAUUCGCGGGCUGGGAGAGCUGAGAGCGUUGAAGACCAUGGAGAUCACCGACGCGCCGAAUCUGAACAAGCUCGACGGCCUCGAAACUCUGUUCCACCUCACACACUUGAAGCUGGAAGGCUGUGGCAGCCUGGAAAAAUUGCCCAGUCUAGCAAACCUGAUCAAGCUGCAGAGGCUCGAGAUCGUCAAUUGCGGACAGCUGAAGGACAAGGUUACAGGGCUGGAGAGAUUGGUGUCGCUGGAACACCUGAGCCUCGAAGGUUGCACAUCGAUUCGAAAGCUGCCGCGUGAUAUGUCCAAGUUAAGAAAACUCGAGCACUUGAAUGUUCGCCGCUGCACGAAAUUGAUGGAGGCCACAGGGAUCGAGGGACUGGAGUCGUUGCGAUUGCUGGACAUGUCCGGUUGUAGCUCGAUAACAAAGUUGGGGGAUCUAUCGGGGCUCAAGAAUUUGGUGGAACUGCACACCAAGGGAUGCACAAAGCUGACACUAGUCACGGGGAUCGAUCGACUGGAGACAUUACGAGCACUAAAAAUGUCGGGCUGCAGGUCGAUCAAGCAGUUGGGGGAUCUAUCGGGCCUCGAGAAUCUGCACACACUGGACAUCAGCGGAUGCAUCGAGCUGACCGAGGUGAAAGGGAUCGAGCGGUUGCCAUCGCUAGAAUAUCUAUGGAUGUCCGAUUGCAGGUCGAUCAAGGAGCUGGGUAACCUCUCCGGUCUGAAAAAGUUGAGGCAGUUUCACAUAGAGGGAUGCACGGAGCUGACCGAGGUGAAAGGGCUCGAGCGGUUGCAGUCGUUAGAGUAUCUGUGGAUGUCGGAUUGCAGGUCGAUCAAGGAGUUGGGCGAUCUUUCUCGUAUGAAAAAGCUGAGGGAGUUUGAUAUCAGGGGAUGCACGCAGCUAGCUCAGGUGAAGGGAUUGGAAGAGAUGAAGUGGCCAUGGGACCUGCGAAUGGACAAGAGGUUGAAGGUGAAGUAUCUGUGGGAAAGAUAUGGGGAGCAACAGGUGAACCGCUUCGUGAGGUUUGCACAUGAGAAACACUUAAGGAGGAGGCACAGUCGCAAUGGCGCUCAACCCCUCAGCCCAGGAAAGACUUAGAUUUCCUUUCAUUCUAUAGAUUCGUUUUUUGAUCAAGUUAAAUGAUGCUAAGUUUGCUUCAUGAAUAAUCUGUAAUUGGGCUGACAAUUCUACUAGGAAAGGAAUGUACUUUCAGGGUUGAAUCUGUAAAUUGAUGUAGCCAUGUAGAAGAUUUGUUGUAUAUGUUCUUGCAAGUGAAGAGCAGAGCAGGUAGCUCAAUUAGUUUACACAAAUGUUUGGUUACUAGUUUGAAAGUGGCUUGGUGUCAGGGCAUAUUCUAUCACACUCGCUAGAACCAAAGACCGCCAACAAAAAAGCAAAGCAAAUACAACAAAACUAGAGAGAGAUUCUACCCUCUAUUAUGUUUCACCUAAUACGUUAUGAUCUCUACUUUAACCACCCACAAGGCACCAUUUUCGAUGCCGCAAGACCCAAUACGUGGAUUCAGUCAGUCAGUCAGUCAGUGAUUUCUUAUACCAAUACUGGUUCAAUUAUGGAUGAUUUGGUUAAUAAUAAUCUAUGAUUGGAGGGACAUAUUGAUAAGCUUCUCUUUUCCCUUGAGUAAUUAAGUAUACUCUGUUUUCAAUUAAGAAAAACAGGGGAACUUGAUUACUGUUUUGCUCUUGCUUCGGGGUUGAUGAAUGAAUGGACGAGGACGACUCCUGUUUUGGAAUUACUGCGGUUAAAUUAAAUAUAAAGAAAAACAGAGAUUUGAGAAAGAAGAAGGCGGCAAAAGCUAGUUAAGAAGUAUUUAAGGUUGUUGGAAUGAUGGAAACAAAAAAAUGGUUCAGUUUUGACUGGAGAAGGAGAAGACCUAACUAGUUAAGAACUAAAAACCCAACGAAGAAAGAUUCUUUCUUCCUACCGUACCAAAGCCCAACCUCAGCAUUAGCAAGCAGAAAGAGAGAGACCCAUUUGAGAGUUGAGAGAGAGAGAUUCUGUGCUCCGUCAUCAUUUUCUCCUUCUUUCUUCCCCCACGAUUUUGUCAGCCAGGUUAAAGUGGGGGAAAAAAAAUGUUGAAAAGGGCUUGAAUAGAUUUUGCUUGAAUAGGGAAUCUAUUGGCGUUUCUUUUGUUAUUGUUUGGGGUCCAAAUGAAUCAAUGAAAUGAAAUGGCUUGAUGACG